AUGCAGCAGGUACACCAAGAGGCCCCGUGGCAACACAAGAGGCCCGUGGCAACACAAGAGGCCCAGUGGCAACACAAGAGGCCCCGUGGCAACACAAGAGGCUCCGUGGCAACACAAGAGGCCCCGUGGCAACACAAGAAGCCCCGUGGCAACACAAGAGGCCCCGUGGCAACACAAGAGGCUCCGUGGCAACACAAGAGGCUCCGUGGCAACACAAGAGGCCCCGUGGCAACACAAGAGGCCCCGUGGCAACACAAGAGGCCCCGUGGCAACACAAGAGGCUCCGUGGCAACACAAGAGGCCCCGUGGCAACACAAGAAGCCCCGUGGCAACACAAGAGGCCCCGUGGCAACACAAGAGGCCCCGUGGCAACACAAGAGGCCCCGUGGCAACACAAGAGGCCCCGUGGCAACACAAGAGGCUCCGUGGCAACACAAGAGGCCCCGUGGCAACACAAGAGGCUCCGUGGCAACACAAGAGGCUCCGUGGCAACACAAGAGGCCCCGUGGCAACACAAGAAGCCCCGUGGCAACACAAGAGGCCCCGUGGCAACACAAGAGGCCCAGUGGCAACACAAGAAGCCCCCGUGGCAACACAAGAGGCCCCGUGGCAACACAAGAGGCCCCGUGGCAACACAAGAGGCCCCGUGGCAACACAAGAGGCCCCGUGGCAACACAAGAGGCUCCGUGGCAACACAAGAGGCCCCGUGGCAACACAAGAAGCCCCGUGGCAACACAAGAGGCCCCGUGGCAACACAAGAGGCCCCGUGGCAACACAAGAGGCCCCGUGGCAACACAAGAGGCCCCGUGGCAACACAAGAGGCUCCGUGGCAACACAAGAGGCCCCGUGGCAACACAAGAGGCUCCGUGGCAACACAAGUGGCCCCGUGGCAACACAAGAGGCCCCGUGGCAACACAAGAGGCCCCGUGGCAACACAAGAGGCUCCGUGGCAACACAAGUGGCCCCGUGGCAACACAAGAGGCCCCGUGGCAACACAAGAGGCCCCGUGGCAACACAAGAGGCUCCGUGGCAACACAAGAGGCCCCGUGGCAACACAAGAGGCUCCGUGGCAACACAAGUGGCCCCGUGGCAACACAAGAGGCCCCGUGGCAACACAAGAGGCUCCGUGGCAACACAAGAAGCCCCGUGGCAACACAAGAGGCCCCGUGGCAACACAAGAGGCUCCGUGGCAACACAAGAGGCCCCGUGGCAACACAAGAGGCUCCGUGGCAACACAAGAGGCCCCGUGGCAACACAAGAGGCUCCGUGGCAACACAAGAGGCCCCGUGGCAACACAAGAGGCCCCGUGGCAACACAAGAGGCCCCGUGGCAACACAAGAGGCCCCGUGGCAACACAAGAGGCCCCGUGGCAACACAAGAGGCCCCGUGGCAACACAAGAGGCCCCGUGGCAACACAAGUGGCCCCGUGGCAACACAAGAGGCCCCGUGGCAACACAAGAGGCCCAGUGGCAACACAAGAGGCCCCGUGGCAACACAAGAGGCCCCGUGGCAACACAAGAGGCCCCGUGGCAACACAAGUGGCCCCGUGGCAACACAAGAGGCCCCGUGGCAACACAAGAGGCCCCGUGGCAACACAAAUAG